GGCGAGAGGCGGAGGCGAAGGGAGGUGGACUCGCGGGAGGCGGGAUCCUGCACGGCCGACUCGUGUCCUGCGCCGCUCUCCGACGCCUACAUGACCCUCCAGCAGAUGGAGUUCUACCUGCGGGAGAUCAACACCACGUACGCCCCCCGAGUGUCGGUGCAGUCGAUCGGCAAGUCGGUGGAGGGUCGGGACAUCUGGAUGGUCCACGUGAAGUCGGGAGGCUGCGCUCAAGGUGACACACAGCCGCAGGUCAACCUCCGACACCCGAGGAUCGCCUACUGGAUGAUGAAACGUCGAGCUGUGUGGAUAGAAGGAGGUCUGCACGCGCGGGAGUGGAUCUCCCCGGCGGUGGCGCUGCAGCUGGUGGCGACGCUGGCCCAGCAGUGCUCCGUCACGCGGGCCAUCGACGUGUACGUGGUGCCGAUGGCCAACCCCGACGGCUACCUGUACUCGUGGGCGUCGAACCGGCUGUGGCGCAAGAACCGGAGGCCGAUCUCCGGGGGCGGCUGCGACGGUGUCGACCUCAACCGCAACUGGGGCUACAAGUUCGGCGUCGGCGCCUCCAGCAACCCCUGCAGCGAGGUGUACAAGGGGCCGGCCACCUUCUCGGAGCCCGAGACUCAGGCGCUGAGGGACGCCAUGACGGCCGUCGCCGACGGCGGGAACCUGGAGCUGGUGGUGGCCCUGCACAGCUACGGGCAGGUGCUCAUGUACCCCUGGGGCUGGACGGCGGAGGAGGCGCCCGACACGCCCGCCAUGAGGAGGGUCGGGGAGAUGUUCGCCAGCGCCGCCCAGAAGCUCCACGGCACCGUCUACAGCGUCGUCAACUCCGCCAGUGGCUUCUACUACGCCUCGGGCGCCACCGACGACUGGGCCAAGGGCGUCCUGAACACCAAGUACGUCUACACGCUCGAACUGCGCGACGAAGGGGCCUACGGCUUCUACCUGCAGGCGAGCCAGAUCCUGCCCACCGCCGAGGAGGUCUGGCAGGGCCUCCGCAUGAUGCUGCUGGCGCUGACGCCGGAGAAGGCCCCGGCGGGCGCGCCGCAGGCUUAGAUGGCGAAGGAGGGAGGCGCAGCCGCGGAAGGAGCAGCGGUCCGCGACGCCGUCGGAGAAGACACAAAAGAAUGCAAUUGGAAAUCCUUACGUAAAAAUAAAAAUAAAAGACGAAUCAGAAACGGAAGACAAGGAUUGCAGGAUGAGCUGUUGCAGCGCCCUCAGGAAGCAGCAGGCGUUGGCCAAAAGCCAAUUCCCGAACUCAGAAUCGCCGCAGGAGAGGGAAGCAGCCCAUCGACUCCGACGCGCCUAGAGAGCUGCAGCAUCUGGACACCUGAAGGUCUUUGUCGGAGGAAAGAACUCCGGAGACCGUGCCUGCCGAAAGCAAAUUAAAAGCCUGUGCCAUUCC